AUGAUGGACCGGCUGGUGGCGUCGCACCUGAACGGGCAGGCGCCCGACGUCGCGCCCGCCGCGGACCACCUCGGCAGCUGCUUCGACGACGCCACCGGCGCCGACGACGCGGACGGCGGACUCGCCUUCUACUCCGCCGCUGCCAACAGGCUGCUGCUCGGCUCCGCAGGUUCCAGCGGCGCUGGCAGCGACGACGACCUGUGGAGCUUCACGCGGUCGUCGGCUUCGGCAGCGGCGGCGGCGGCGGCCACGUCGACGGAGCGGCUGAGCCACGUGUCACUGUAG